AUGCCGGGACCUACGCAAUGGCGUGGUGCCGCGCUCAGCCACGCCGUGACCUCCAACAAAGUGCGGCAACAUGUGCUGGAUGAAAGGGUGCGCGCAGUGCUGAAGACAAUCAAAGAAGCUGCCAAGUCUGGCGUCGUCGAGGAUGCGAAAGAGGGCGGGCUGAACAGACCUGAGGACCAGAGAUUCCUACGGCGUGUCGCCGCUGAGUCUAUUGUGCUGCUCAAGAACGAAACUUCAAUUCUUCCGUUUGACAAGAGCAAGACUGUAGCUGUCAUCGGUCCGAACGCCAAAGUCGCCACCUAUUCUGGAGGCGGCAGUGCGUCCCUGCUGCCAUACUAUACAGUGACCCCCUUUGACGGAGUCUCGAGUCAAUGCGGGUCCGUACGCUUUUCACAGGGUGCCUACAGCCACAAAGAGCUUCCCUUGCUUGGAAAGUCGCUGCGGACCUCAGAUGGCAGACCCGGCUUUGACUUCCGAGCGUACGACAAACCAGUCAAUGCUGCGGAUCGAAAGCUGCUCGAUACGUUGCACCUCACUGAUUCAUACAUGUUCGUGAUGGACUACAAGGUCCCGAAUUACACCAGCUCGACCUAUUAUGUCGAUGUCGAGGGUGUUUUUACACCCGAAGAAGAAGGUACACAUGAGUUUGGCUUGACCGUGCAAGGCACCGGCCAGCUUUUCAUUGAUGGAAAAUUGAUCGUAGACAAUGUACACGAUCAGCGCCCUGGCACCGCUUUCUUCGGUUCCGGCACCGUUGAAGAAAUCGGAUCGAUGGCCCUCGAGGCUGGGAAAUCGUACAAGGUCCGCGUCGAAUUUGGUACCGCUCCCACGGCAAAGUCUUCGAGUCGAGCAACAGUCUCCUUCGGAGCCGGCGGCCUCCGCGUGGGCGGAUGCAAGCGCAUAGAUCCGGAAAAAGCAAUCGUCGACGCUGUCAAGCUGGCCUCUGAGGUUGAACAAGUGGUCGUCUUUGCUGGUCUGAAUAGUGAUUGGGAGGGCGAAGGUUCUGAUAGACCUGAUAUGAACUUACCGCCUUACAGUGACGAACUCAUCACCAAAGUCCUCGACGCAAACCCAAAGGCUGCGAUCGUUCUCCAAAGCGGCACGCCGGUGACCAUGCCUUGGGUUGACAAAGCCUGCGCUCUGGUGCAGGCUUGGUAUGGCGGCAACGAGACCGGUAACGCCAUUGCUGAUGUCUUGUUCGGGGAUGUCAAUCCUUCCGGCAAGCUAUCCCUAUCUUUUCCCCACCGCCUCGAAGACAACCCCGCCUUCCUCAACUACCGCUCCGAACGCGGCCGUGUCCUAUAUGGCGAAGACAUCUACGUCGGCUACCGCUUCUAUGACAAAGUCAAACGUCCGGCACUCUUUCCCUUCGGCCAUGGCCUCUCGUAUACCACUUUCGACCUCUCAGAUCUGAAUGUCUCCGCGACCACCUCGACCAUCAUUGUCACAGUAAAUGUCUCAAAUUCCGGCUCUCGAGCCGGGGCGGAGGUGGUGCAAGUGUAUGUACGGGCUCAGGCACCUAGUAUCAACCGGCCGCCCAAGGAGCUGAAGGGUUUCAAGAAGGUGUUCUUGGAGGCGGGGGAAACGAGGGAGGUGCAGGUGGAAAUGGAGAAGAAAUAUGCGAUCAGCUUCUGGGACGAGGGGAGGGAUGCGUGGAUCGUGGAGGAGGGAGAGUAUGGGGUUUUGGUUGGGACUAGCAGCCAAGGCCGAUUCUUAGAGGGAAGAUUUGAGGAGGGCCAAACAUGGUGGUGGACUGGGCUCUGA